AGGAUGGCGUCUGUAUUUUCACAGCAUGUACCUUUUGUAUCCUGAUAUGUUUCCAAAGAAUAUGUCAGUAGAACUGGAAGUGGAACAUGUCAAAAUUGGCAUGAUUCAAGACGACUUGUACUAUCUUGAACCAAGCAGAUGGUUUGUAGCGAUACAAUCUAACGAAGUUAGGGAAUAUGAUAUCAAAGUCCCUUGGUGGUCGGUCUCUAGAACUGACUUCAUGCCUCACUGGUACGUAGUGUCUGAAAUUGACUUUGUUGAGCCACGUCUAGUGAACACCACAAAUAGUCUAGGUUUGGAAUAUGUAGAACCUAUUGAUGACGUUAGACAGUGGAAGAGGUUCGCCUCAGACAAAUAUAACCCAUACACAGCACAGGAAAGACUGCGAAGAUACAGAGUGGAAGACAAGGGAAAGAUAGCGAAGCUUGUCAUACAAACACCUUUAGAAGUUGUGAUCAGUGAAGAUGAAACCAUUGUCAAUGUGGACAGCAUACUAAACAUGACAAUAGCUGACACCUUGCAACUGAAGAACAUUAUUAUCCUAAAUACAACAAAUACGCUCGUCGUUCCAGAAUCUUACACAUUGCGAAUAGAUGCGGAAAACAGUAUCAUUUAUCUAAAUGGCAAGGAUUUAGAUGGAAUAUUUUAUGCGCAGUCACUUCAGAGUAUACAUGAUGGUUAUAAUAGAAGAGAUAUCCCAGAAAUUACUAUUUGUGAUGAACCAAGAUUUCACUACAGGGGAAUGCACAUCGACGUAUCUCGCAAUUUUCACCCUUUAUCCGAUGUCAAGAGGCUUAUCAGAGCAACGACAAUGUAUAAAAUGAACAAAUUACACAUACAUCUAUCCAACGAUGAAGGAUGGAGGCUAGAAAUACCCGGCCUACCCGAGCUAACAGAGAUUGGAGGUCAAAGAUGUCAUAAUCCUUAUCAGAGAACAUGUAUAAUACCCCAGUUUGGAUCUGGCCCAUUUAAUUCAACAUCCGGGUCAGGAUUCUUUUCAACAGAGGACUACAAAGAACCAUUGAGAUUUGCAAAUGAACAUCAUGUCCAAGUUAUUCCAGAAAAUAACAUUACAGGUAUAAAAGUGUAUUUUGUUCACAAAGUGGCAAAGUUAGUAGCAGAAAGAAAUUUGAGCCUUGCUGGAUGGGAAGAUGGAUUUGCAGAUGGUCAUCAUGAUCCUAUAAGACCUGGUGACAUUGACACCAACAAUAAUUAUGCGAUAACUAGGAAUAAUAUUUGGGAAUGGAGAGGUGGAGAACAGGUAUAUAAACUGGCAAAUGCCGGAUAUAAGGUGAUUUUAGCACAGGCAACAAAUGUAUAUUUUGACCAACCCCAAGAGCCAGAUCCUGAGGAGCGUGUAUUAUACUUGGCCACGAGGUGUACAGACACCUUUAAAGUUUUAAAAUUUAUACCGGACUCUUUAUAUGAUAACAUAUUUGAAGAAAGAAAUGGAAAAACAACUAAGCGUGACAUAUGUGGCGAGAAUUCGGAGAACUGUGAGUCGCUGAACAGAAAAGAAAAUGUUGUUGGCAUACAAGGGCAGUUGUGGAGUGAGACUGUACGGACAGGGGGAAACGUAGAUUAUAUGAUUUUUCCUCGAUUAGUUGCGCUUGCGAGAGCUUGGCAUAAGGCAGAUUUUGAGGAAGAAUCCAUAUCAGAUGAUGAAAGGGAAGGUAGAUUUAGUCGUGAAUGGGAGGAUUUCUCCAAUACCUUUGGAUAUAAAGAGUUGCAACGGUUAGAUGAUUUGGGCAUAAAAUAUAGAGUACCGCCUCCCGGUGCAAGAGUAAUUGAAAAUGGAAAGGUGGAGGUAUCGGCAACAUUUCCUGGGCUUGGGGUACAAUACAGCAGCGACAAUGGAAAAUCCUGGUCUGGAGUGCGACAAUGGAAAAUCCUGAGGGAUGAAAAUGACCAGUGUUACUUUAUUUGCAGGUCAGCCGAUACCAAGAGAUACAGCAGAGCUGUACAAGUGUUCAAGUAUGAACCAUUGGAUUGGUCAAAUCAGUCAGUGAUAGAUUACAUUGCGGACAAUGUCAAGGUAAACGUAGAUGUUAUUGAUAAUCUAGAGAAAGAAGGUAACUACAUGCGGAUACAAUUACGGCUUCGAAAUAAUGGAGACAUGGAUAUUCCAAGAGGAACGUGGCGGAUAUAUUUCUACAGAACGGAUUUAAUGCCUUUAUAUGGAGGGAAGGUCGAAUGUUUGCAGUGUGGACUGAGACUGGAACAUGAAAAUGGAGCACUGUAUUAUUUCACACCUGACGUAGAGGUAUUUCUUGGAAUAGCCGCAGGAGAAACUCUAACUUGCCAGUACCAUAAUAAAUACUGGAUGGUAUCGCGCACAGACAAUAUGCCGAAUUGGUAUGUAACUUCAACAGGAAUGAAAGCAAAAGUAAUCAAAAGCACGGAAAGUGAAAACCUAGAUUAUGUUGGAGAGUUUGAUACUCCUGCUAAAUGGAAAAGGACGAAAGAAGACCAGUAUGAUCCGUACUCGCCUGCAACCAGAUACGAUCUUUAUAAAACUUCAAACCCUGCAAAACCAUCCUAUAAAAUUGUGCCAACGCCAAUGGAAGAAGCGCGAAAUGAAGAUUCAAUGAUGUCUUUCAUUCCAGAAGACUGGAAAGUAGUGCAGUCUACCGAUUUCCCAUUUGAAGCGAACUAUUUAUCAGACAAGCUCAACACACCCACUGGAACAGCUUCGCAAAGUAAAAUUGUCACGUUUGUCAAAGAAAAUCCGAGCAAACCCGGCCCGAAAGCGUAUGAUUUAAGCAUUGAUGUACAUAAAAGUAAAGUGACAAUUAUAGCCAACAGCUCAAAUGGUGCUUUCUAUGGAGCCCAGUCGUUCAUAAGUCUUGUUGAAGGUGGCAACGGCAAUUUUAUAGAGAUGAACAUAAAAGAUACACCCAGAUAUAGUUACAGGGGCAUUAUGCUAGAUACUUUACGAAAUUUCAAGCAAAAGGAAUGGGUAUUGAACUAUUUGGAUGUCAUGUCAAUGUACAAGCUGAACAAACUUCAUUUCCAUCUGACGGAUGACGAAGGAUGGAGAGUUGAAAUACCGACUAUACCAGAAUUAACACAGAUUGCCAGCAAAAGAUGUUACAGUGAUUAUAAAGGAAUUUGCACAGUUCCACAACUUGGAUCUGGACCGAAUACAGACAGCUCCGGGUCCGGAUACUAUACCACUCAUGACUACAGAGAAAUACUUAAAUACGCAAAUGAUAGACAUAUCGAAGUUAUACCAGAAAUUGAGACACCAGGUCACGCGGCAGCUGCAAUCACUGCAAUGGAACAUAGAGAAUCUGAAAUUACGAAAAUAAAGCAACAUGGAAGAGAGAAACAUCCAGAAAGUUACGUUCUCAGUAAACAUUGUGACAGAAAUGAAAUAUUCAGUUCCCAGAAAUGGACAAGAAAUGCAAUGGAUCCUUGUUUGAACACAACAUACAAAUUUGUAGAGUCUGUAAUUGACAGUUUGAUAGAUCUUCAUCAGCCAGUCAAGCCUCUAAAAGUGGUUCAUCUCGGAGGUGAUGAAGUUCCUUCCGGUGUUUGGGAUGACUCUAAAGCUUGUUUAGAUAUGCUUGCACCAGGGCAACAAAUAGACACUCAUCAGUUGAAAAGAAUGUUUUCAAAGCGUGUCGCUGACAUCGUUGGCGCGAAAGGGUUGAAACUUGCCACGUGGGAUGAUGCCAUAUAUGCCGACAAUAAGCCGAAUCCCAUCACAGACUAUGAAUCAGAAGUCUAUGUCUAUACAUGGAAUAACCGUGGAGAAAAUGCUAAACGGUCACCCGAAUUCGCAAAUGCAUGCUACAAGGUUGUUUUACCGUUAGAUACCCAUUUGUUCUUCGACCAGCCUCAGGAACCCGACCCAGAAGAGAGAGGUCUCUACUGGGCCACACGGUUUACAGACACAGAAAAAGUAUUUGGUUUAAGGCAAGAUGACAUAUAUGCCAACAUAGACGUUGAUCGAUUAGGAAAUAAAAUUGACGUGAACAGUUUAUGUGGAAAUAAAGAAUGUCCAGCGGUAAAUAAAACUGAAAAUAUUCUUGGUAUUCAAGCCUGCAUGUUCUCAGACACAAUGCGAACUAAAGAGCAGUUUCAUUAUAUGGCUUUUUCAAGAUUGCUCGCCCUGGCGGAACGUGCCUGGCAUAAAGCACCAUGGGAAGACAAUGCAGAUACUGACAAAAGAAAUGCUGAGCAUGCAAGAGAUUGGAAAGAAUUCUCGGAUAAUCUAGGAUACAAAGAGAUUUCGAGGCUAGACAAAUAUACUGCUUAUUACCGAACACCACCACCAGGUGCAAGAGUCGAAGAUGAGAUUCUCAAAGUGAAUACAAAAUAUGCCAAUCUUCUGGUUGAAAUUAGCAGGGACGACGGAAACACGUGGAAAGUUUACGAAGAACCUAAUCUAAAUCCCGGAUCACACAAACUACUACUGUGUGCAAAAUCAAAAACGUCAGACGUUACUAGCAGACAUACCGAGAUUUCAACGACAAUCGUUUCUGGUGUAGCUGGGCUUUCUAGUUAUUUAUGUCUUAUUGCAUUAACAGCAUUAUUUUACUUCAUGCAUUGAAAUAACAUUUCAUAACUGAUCCAUGUGGCGUAUCUACUUUUUGUGUGUAUAAAAUCAGAGACUAAAAGACAUUUAUAAUAUGUUGCAUAUAAUCACAAUUUAAUUUAAACCGAUGAAAAAUCAAAUCAUUUUCAAGGUUUUAUGAUAGCGGCUGUUAUAUGUUAAAUUGCAUUUAAAUGCAUCUAUCACUUUGUUGUUGGUUUUUCUUUCAGACAUUUUCAAAAUGUGUCUGUUUCUUUUAAAAUAUGUAAUAUGGUUGUAAAUUGUAGAGUUUCAGUGCAAUUCGGUCAUACGGUUUGCACAGUGUACAAGCAUUUUAUUUUUUUUUAACUUUUUUUGUUGCAGAAUAAAUAUGAUCCAGUACUGAAUUAAACCUUAGUAUGGUUUUGUCAUGUUAUCCGCUGACAAAAUAUUGCAUUUAAAUAUAUAAAGGAUCAAUCGUUGUUUUUUUCUCAACUUAUAACAUCGUCAAAAAUACCUUAAACCAUAAUUUAACACAUCAAAUGAAACAUUACGUAAUAUCAUCAAAGUUAACGUCUUAAGAUGGAAUACGCCUGAGCUGAGGUUACAUGGUAUUGUUUCGACAUUUCAUUUAAUAAAGAAUUCAGCACAUUGCCGAUAUAAUGCAUGUUUUAAUUUACUGUUAUUUCUAAACAUUUCAAAUAAUCCUAUUGACGUUGGUUUGUGAUGAAACGUCUGUCAGAAUGUUUUCAUAUUCAACAAGUAUCGAGUUGCUUAUUAUCCAUCAUAUUUUUAUAUAAAACGUUCUUUAAAGUGGUGAAAAAUUUGGGGACGAUAGUGUUUACGUAUAAGUCCAUAUUUAAGUUAAAAUGACGUCAUGACGAAAUAUGUAGAAACCCAUAGGUCGUUCAACACAAAGAAAAUGAAGAUGUUGUAGGCUCGAUCGGAUUGAGCUUGCUAAUGGACACCAGAGUCACGCCCUCUCGCGUCGGGUUGACCAAAGUUCAAACGUAACGCGUUACAGCUUAGUACCACAAUACAACUUAGAGACAUCCGCAGAUGUAUGAAUAUGGCGGGGCAUAUUGACCCUUCGAUGAUACACUAGAGUGCAAUUCCAUGAAAAGCGGUGUAUGGUCACAAAAGAACUUAAUAAACGGGCUCUAAAUAUGAAAACAAUGGUUUAGAACUAAACAAAAUUUAGAGAGGAGAUUGAAGUCUAAGUAUAGUACUUUCGAAUUCUCAGUCAUUAAAGGUUCAACAUAGUCCCGAAACGAGAUCGUUUUUGUUUCAAAAUAGGUCUAAAGAACUUUUAUUCAAAUUUCGAAUAUGGGGCAAAAUGGUUUCAAUAUAAAACGUAGGAAACGGACAAUAUAAAAAUUUGCUUAAAAUAUACUUGUUUUGAAAUUUAAAAAUUUAUACGUGUUACAACUUAGUAUUUAGUCCUUGUUCCACUUUCCGCCUACACCACUCAUCCCCCCUUUUUUCUACCCCUACCCCUUCCUUCUCCCCCUUUUUGCAUAAAAUUAAAAUGUAUUUGUUGGAUAUUUGA